AUGAGUAAAAAUUUUGAUGAAUAUUAUAAGCUUUUCUAUCAUUCCCGUAAUAGCCUAUUCGAAGCUAAUUUCAAGCGACAUUGGGCACAAUUUGUUGAGUUCAUUGAGUCAUUUCCUAAAGCAACACAAUAUGUACUUGGGACUCUUUAUCCUGCACAAGCUCGUUAUGCAAGGAUAAAUGAGCAAAAAAAUACAAACCCUACUAUAAGCUUGCCUUAUAUUGCAGGCCAAUAUUUUCCAACUAUAGAUCCUUUAAUCCAGGAACAGCAGCUUUCUGAAAGUUUUUUGUAUGAAGCUACUGAACUUUCUUUUAAUUGGAAUAAAGAUUUCUCUGAACCAGAAAAUGUCAUGAAAAAUGGGUGUAUAGAAGAUGAUUACGAGCGGUGUCAAAUGGGUCUUAGGUUACUGUUACAAACUUUAAAAUGUAAGGAUGUUUUACAAAUAUAG